ACCAUGAAGUGGAUGUUUAAGGAGGACCACUCGCUGGAACACAGAUGCAUGGAAUCCGCGAAGAUCAGAGCGAAGUGCCCCAACCGGGUUCCAGUGAUCGUGGAAAAGGUCUCAGGCUCUCAGAUUGUUGACAUUGAUAAAAGGAAGUACUUGGUUCCAUCUGACAUCACUGUGGCUCAGUUCAUGAGGAUCAUCAGGAAAAGGAUCCAGCUUCCUUCUGAGAAGGCCAUCUUUGUGGACAAGACAGUCCCACAGUCCAGCCUAACUAUGGGACAGCUUUACGAGAAGGAAACAGAUGAAGAUGGAUUCUUUUAUGUGGCCUACAGUGGAGAGAACUCUUUUGGCUUCUGAGGGCCAGUACUGGGCUAGGUGCACCGUUCCUGCUCGUGUAUCUUGUAAAUAACCGGCUGUUUUCAGUUACUCUACCAGAGCCUUCACAUAGACCCACUCGUGCAUUUGUAACUGAAUUUA